AUGACAGACAUCGACGGUAGUGUGGGCUUGUACACGGCAGAUGCCGCGUCCCUCGAGACCUCCUCGACCUUGGUCGCGACGCUAUCUGCGCCUUACGCCGGGCUCAAAGCGGCACAGGUAGCAGACGGGAGCAUAAGGUUCCUGCUCUACACCAAGGCCAACCCAGACGGAUCAGCUUAUAACCCAACGCAGGCUGUGGACCCCGUGUCAUUGGGCGGGAGCAGUGCCAGGGUCUAUGACAGCACCUACGUCCGCGUCUGGGACUACUGGCUCAGCCCUCAACGAAAUGCCGUCUUUGGUGGUACUUUGAAAUUGGGGAAUGGAAGUUAUACCUUCGACGGUGAGCUGAGCAACUACGUGACGGGCAUCUGCGACGUCACCUGCGCUGAAAGCCCACGCGAUUCUGGCUCGGCUGACCCCAACGACUACGACCUUGCGCCAGACGGUAGUCUAGUGACAUUUAACACCCAGGACAUUCACCUCCCUCUGGCCAAUUAUUCCAGCUCUCAGAUCUAUGUAGUCCCUUUUGAGGAUGUAGCGGCUGACGCAGUCCCAGUAAAUCCACGCGAUGGAUCAAAAUACCCCGAAGCGCAGGGCUUGUCGUCGUCGCCCAAGUUCUCCCCUGAUGGCUCCAAGCUUCUGUACACCCAGUCAAAAAGCAUCACCAAUGGAAACGAUAAGAACCAGAUAUAUGUUGCCGAUAUCUCCAACACAACAUCGAUACAUGGCUCGGGUGCCGACUUUAACAUCACCCGACUUGCCACCGGAGACUCAUAUGAGCCCUUCAAUAUUACUUACGGCGGCACGGUGCUUGGGGCCUACGCUCUACCCAACAACACUCUGCUUGUAACCGAUUCCAAAUUUUGGACGCCGUGCGAUAUCUACAGCGUGGACUUUGACGGCGGCGGAAUCAUACGGACCUAUUUCGAAGCGAACAAGGCGGACCCCGUCCUCUCGGCCGCGGGCCUGGACUCGUCCAUCGCCUCGGAGUUCUACUACACCACGAACACAUCAGAAAUCGAAAUCGAACAGCAGGCCUGGGUGGUCUAUCCAGAGAACUUUGACCCCUCCAAGAAAUACCCACUGGCUCUCAUCACCCAUGGCGGCCCAGAGGCUGCCAGCUUCAACAUGUGGGGUUUUCAAGGGCAGUUCAACUUCAAGGUCUGGGCAGACCAGGGCUACGUCGUUGUCUCGCCCAACCCGACUGGGAGCUGGGGUUGGGGCCAGAACCUGACCGACGCCGCUUACGGGACCUGGGGAUCGUACAUAUUCUGUGAUAUCGUGAACUGCUGGAAGCACGUCAAGGACAAUCUGCCAUUCGUCGACGUAGAGAACGGUAUCCACGCUGGUGCCAGCUUUGGGGGCUACAUGCCCAACUGGAUCCAAGGGCAAGACUUCGGCCGCAAGUUCAAAGCCCUGGCGCAAGGCGCGACGGACUUCGUCGGCUUCCCCUUCCACGACUUCCUGGGGCCCAUCAACUCGACGGCCUUCAGGCCGGGCAACCCCUACUACGACUUCAACCCGCUCCUCUACGUUGAGAACUGGGCGACGCCGCACAUCAUUGUCCACAACUCGCGGGACUACAGGCUGGCUGAGAGCGAAGGGACCAUGCUCUUCAACCUGCUCCAGCAGAAUGGUGUGCCCAGCAAGCUGCUCAACUUCCCCGACGAGGGCCACAUCAUAGAAAACCCAGCCAACCAAUUGGUGUGGCACAAGGAGAUAUUCGACUUUGUCAACCACUACAGUGGCGCGGGCCAGCAGCGUCCACAGCCAUACUGA